AUGAGCCUCCUUCAUGUCCUCGGCUUUGCGCCCAGGUCCUCCUCGUCAGUCUCGAUGCGCCGUGCCAUUGCACGUGCCUCAACAUGCUCAUCAUGCUCGGUACUCCAACGAGUAAACCGUCGUGAUGCUUGCAUACCCACGUCCCGCCCCUUCAGUGCCUCCGCCCGUCGACCCUCGACAUGGCAUACCCUGCCCCCCCAACCGCCCUCCUACCACCCCGCCUCCUCCUCGACGACGGACCUUGCGCUCUCCGAACAGCUUCGCGGACUCAUGCGCCUCCUCCCGCAUUCGGUCGUCGUCUGCACAGCGACGAAUCCCGCCGACAACAUACCGCGCGCCAUGACCAUGUCUUCCCUCACCUCAUUAACACUACACCCCACGCCCCUCGUCACCUUCAACGUCGCGACACCGAGUCGAACGCUGACCGCCGUCAAGGGCGCGCGGCGCUUCAACAUACACGUCCUGCGCGGCGGCACCGACGGCGCGGCCGUCGCAGACUGGUUCACGCGAGGAAACGCCGAGGGCCAGCACGUGUUCUCCGGCCUCGGGCGCGAAGGGCCCCCCGUCACAGCCGACAUGCGAGGCGAGGCACCCGUCCUCCGGGGCGAAGGCGUGCUCUAUAUUUUGCGGUGUCGGGUGCUCGACGAUGCGCCUGCGCAGGGGCUCGUGAGGGUGAGGGACCACGUCAUUGUCGUUGGGGAGGUUGUCGAGAUUAUCAAGGGGGAGGAGGACGGGGAGGAUGAGUUUGGGCUCGUGUACGCUGAUCGGCGGUACCGCUGUGUUGGCGAUGGGAUCGUCAAGGGGGGGGAAUCACGACCGUCACGCUUUGAUACCCCCCCCCCCGCCAAGAUGUCUGAGACUUUCGAGUUCCAGGCUGAGAUCUCUCAGCUGUUGUCUCUCAUCAUCAACACUGUCUACUCCAACAAGGAGAUCUUCCUUCGUGAGCUUGUCUCCAACGCCUCCGAUGCGCUCGACAAGAUCCGCUAUGAGUCCCUCUCGGACCCUAGCAAGCUCGACUCCAACAAGGACCUCCGCGUCGACAUCAUUCCCGACAAGGAGAACAAGACCCUGACCAUCCAGGACUCUGGUAUUGGUUUCACCAAGGCUGACCUCGUCAACAACCUGGGUACCAUUGCCCGCUCUGGUACCAAGCAGUUCAUGGAGGCCCUCACCGCCGGUGCUGAUAUCUCCAUGAUUGGUCAGUUCGGUGUUGGUUUCUACUCUGCCUACCUCGUCGCCGACCGCGUUACCGUCAUCUCCAAGCACAACGAUGACGAGCAGUACAUCUGGGAGUCUUCUGCCGGCGGCACCUUCUCCAUUCGCCCCGACACCGAGGGCGAGCAGCUCGGCCGCGGUACCAAGAUCAUCCUUCACCUGAAGGAUGAGCAGACUGAGUACCUCAACGAGGCCAAGAUCAAGGAGGUCAUCAAGAAGCACUCCGAGUUCAUCUCCUACCCCAUCUACCUCCACGUCCUCAAGGAGACCGAGAAGGAGGUCCCCGAUGAGGAGGCUGAGGAGACCGCCGCCGAUGAGGACGACGACAAGAAGCCCAAGAUCGAGGAGGUCGAUGACGAGGAGGAGGAGAAGAAGGAGAAGAAGGUCAAGAAGGUCAAGGAGACCUCCAUCGAGCAGGAGGAGCUCAACAAGCAGAAGCCCAUCUGGACUCGCAACCCCCAGGACAUCACCCAGGAGGAGUACGCCGCCUUCUACAAGUCUCUCUCCAACGACUGGGAGGACCACCUCGGUGUCAAGCACUUCUCCGUUGAGGGUCAGCUCGAGUUCCGCGCUAUCCUCUUCGUCCCCAAGCGCGCUCCCUUCGACCUGUUCGAGACCAAGAAGACCAAGAACAACAUCAAGCUCUACGUCCGCCGCGUCUUUAUCACUGACGACGCCACUGACCUCAUCCCUGAGUGGCUCAGCUUCGUCAAGGGUGUUGUCGACUCUGAGGACCUUCCCCUCAACCUGUCUCGUGAGACUCUCCAGCAGAACAAGAUUAUGAAGGUCAUCAAGAAGAACAUUGUCAAGAAGGCCCUCGAGCUCUUCACUGAGAUCGCCGAGGACAAGGAGCAGUUUGAUAAGUUCUACUCUGCCUUCUCCAAGAACAUCAAGCUUGGUAUCCACGAGGACUCCCAGAACCGCCAGACCCUGGCCAAGCUCCUCCGCUUCAACUCCACCAAGUCUGGUGAUGACAUGACCUCUCUGACCGACUACAUCGCUCGCAUGCCCGAGGUCCAGCAGAACAUCUACUACAUCACUGGCGAGUCCCUCAAGGCCGUCACCAAGUCCCCCUUCCUCGACUCCCUCAAGCAGAAGAACUUUGAGGUCCUCUUCCUCGUUGACCCCAUCGAUGAGUACGCCAUGACUCAGAUGAAGGAGUUCGAGGGCAAGAAGCUUGUUGAUAUCACCAAGGACUUCGAGCUCGAGGAGACCGAUGAGGAGAAGGCUCAGCGUGAGACUGAGGAGAAGGAGUACGAGGGUCUCGCCAAGGCCCUCAAGGAGGUUCUCGGCGACAAGGUCGAGAAGGUCGUUGUCAGCCACAAGCUCGGCGACGCUCCUUGCGCUAUCCGUACCGGCCAGUUCGGUUGGUCCGCCAACAUGGAGCGUAUCAUGAAGGCCCAGGCCCUCCGUGACACCUCCAUGUCCUCGUACAUGUCCUCCAAGAAGACUUUCGAGAUCUCCCCCAAGAGCUCCAUUGUCCAGGAGCUCAAGAGGAAGGUCGAGGCCGAUGGUGUCAACGACCGCACCGUUAAGUCCAUUGUCCAGCUUCUGUUCGAGACCUCCCUGCUCGUCUCUGGCUUCACCAUUGAGGAGCCCGCCGGCUUCUCUGAGCGCAUCCACAAGCUCGUCCAGAUCGGCCUCAACAUUGAGGAGGAUGACUCCAAGACCGAGGAGACUCCCGCCGCCGCUGCCACCACCACCGAGACUGGUGACAGCGCCAUGGAGGAGGUCGACUAA